ACGUCUAUCACGCGUCUCGCCCUUGGCCUUCCCAGCAUGCACUGCGAGGUCUGCGGUAUAUUAUUGACAAAGAAAAGAAGACUGUAGCGAAACAACAACAAGGUGGGAACAGAGGCACCAACCCGGCUGACGUUACAGGAACCCGUGUGCUGACAACAAGUCUCUUCACAGUGACACGUCAUGGCCCUCAGGCAAUGAGAGCAGGGAGUUGCCGUUUCCAGCUAAAGGGAGUUUUCACUGCGUGAUAGUUAGCCAGAGGGAGAGAAGGCGUGGGGGGACACCGGCAGACCGUGGACGGGGAAGGGGAAGAGCUCAGCUGGAGCCAAUGCAGCAGCAGCAUCGACAGCCUGAGCUGGUGGAAGGAAGCCUUCCUGUGUUUGUGUUCCCCACUGAGCUCAUCUUCUACGCUGAUGAGCAGACGUCUCACAAGCAGGUGCUCACCCUCUACAACCCGUAUGAGUUCGCCCUCAAGUUUAAAGUGCUGUGUACAGCGCCAAACAAAUACGCUGUGGUUGAUGCCACUGGAGCGGUCAAGCCACAGUGUUGUGUCGACAUAGUAAUCCGACACAGGGAUGUGCGUGCGUGCCAUUACGGGGUGUACGACAAGUUCCGACUGCAAGUGUCGGAGCAGAGUCAGCGAAAAGCCCUGGGCCACAAAGUGGUGAUGGCGACGCUGCGCCCCUCAGCGUCCCAGGAGCCCCCCAGCCCCCGGGUUCAAGAUGAGGAGCGUAGAAUCAAAGAGCAUCUUGCAGUCAGCGAGUUUUUCGAGCAGACAGCAUGUCAGACAGAGAGCCGUCCUGCCGCCGGGGGCCCCAGCCUGCUGACGGUGCUGCUUGGGCUGGUGUGUAUGGCCGCCCUGAUGCUCCCGACCCUCGGGGAGCAAGAAUCUACUGUGCCUGUCUACCUCCACUUGAGUAUUAACAAGAAACUUGUAGCUGCUUAUGUUCUCGGUCUUCUUACGAUGGUCAUCCUACGCACAUGAAGGGCUGCGAGCGGAGGAUGGAAAAUUAUCUGAGGAGGACGAGAACGCCUUCACAACGGAGGCUCUUCUACGCUUCAACGACUACAGCGGACAGCGGGGGGCGUUGUACUUACUCAGUUAGCUCCGCCCCUCCAAUAUAUAUUAGGAUCCUUGUUUGUACGUAAACACGAAACUGAACAGACGCAAAUAGCGGAAAGCGCCGGCGUGUAGGUCCAGAGAACGAUCGUGUUUCUAUUGACAUCACGUACCAGACUAUGGAUAACUCGAGUGACUGAAUCUACAUGCAAACAUUUUACAUGUGUAUAUAAACCCAUUCAACUUUAGUUAUGGUAUUGACCUGAAUCCAUCAUUCAUUGAUUUAAUAGAAAUGCUGAAUGCAGUUAUUUGCAUGUUUGGAUACUUUGGUUGAGUUUUUUAAAAUAUAAUUUUACAUGUCAAAAGAAAACUUGUGAAGAUGAUGGCUCGUUUGAAGUUUUAUCAACGUUACAUCAAACUUUUAAUAAAGUCUCAAUACAGCUAUCUGGUACCAAAUGUAGGGAUUAAUUUAUUUGGUAUACUGUAAAAGUUUGAUCAGACGGGUCUGCAGUCUCUGUAAGCUUUGGUUCCAGAGUAAAUGAUUGGAAAUGACAACCUACAUUUUACACCAAUGUGUUUUAGUACUGAGGACAACAAUCAUUCUAAACACGCUCAUAAUAAAA